AGCAUGCAGAAAUCUUCACUAGGUGGGAGUCAAUCGAGGAUAGAUGGGAUUUCAGUGGCUUGCAUGGAAGACUGGCACACAGUAUUUGGUGGUGACAUACGGUGAGCAUUCUGGUCAACAGAUGGCUCGUGCUUGCAUGACAUACAAGGGGAUUGAGAGGAAGCCGUUUGUAUACGUGCACUGUUGGGUCAUGCUUGCCGACCACCCCAAGUGGCACGCGCACGAGGCCGCGAAGGCGCAGAAGAUGCAAGAGGGAGACAAAGCACAUUCCAGCCCAGCAGAAUGCAAUGAGGUGCCAAACGACGCAACAUCGAACACAUCUAUAGAGAUUUCUAGGCCCAUUGGAAGGUAGACAGCUAAAGCGGCGCGUGCUCGGGUAUCAUCUUCUAGUAUGUCUCUGCCUACCGUGUCAGAUGGGAUAUAUGCAACCCAUCUUGCAGAGCUCACUGAAACUAGGAAGGUUAUGGUGGAGUUAAAAAAGGAGCACAUUGAGGUCAUGCGUAUGGAGGCAUCCAUUCACAAAGAUGAUCAGGAUGAGUGUAUAAUGAAGAUUGAUUUGGACAGUGUGAGUGAUCCCCUGAGAGAGUACUAUAGGAAGAGCAGGAGGCAGCCAUGGUGCGAUGGAACGCCACCGAACGGAACCCAUAGCCGCUCGUUGAUUAUGUCUUUGCAAGGUGCUUUUGGUGGAUUUUUAAGAACUCAUUUGAGUGUCUACUUAUUUUACUUAUUUGUAAUAAUUUUGAAAUUCUUUUAAGCUGUGAGUGGAUUUACGAGAAUGCUAUUGCAGUCA